CCCCCAGGUUUCCCCAGAUGCCAAGUACACAUUCCUUUUCCUGCCUGAAGAUCAUCUGUGAAAACCUUGGCCAUGGCAUCAGUAUCAGAACCUAUUACGUUCAGAGAGUUCUGCCCCUUGUACUAUCUCCUCAAUGCCAUUCCCACAAAGGUCCAGAAGGGUUUCCGCUCUAUUGUGGUCUACCUCACAGCUCUCGAUACCAAUGGGGACUACAUUGCAGUGGGCAGCAGCAUCGGCAUGCUCUAUCUGUACUGCAGACACUUCAACCAGAUGAAAAAGUACAACUUUGAGGGGAAAACUGAACCCAUCACGGUGGUAAAGCUGCUGAGCUGCUUCGAUGACCUUGUGGCUGUGGGCACCGCCUCCGGGAGGGUUGCUGUCUUUCAGCUUGUAUCCUCGCUGCCAGGGAGAAAUAAACAACUUCGGAGAUUUGAUGUCACCGGUAUUCACAAAAAUAGCAUAACAGCUCUGGCUUGGAGCCCCAAUGGAAUGAAAUUGUUCUCUGGAGAUGACAAAGGGAAAAUUGUCUAUUCUUCUCUGGAUCUAGACCAGGUAAGAUUAUUUCCAGAAAUAUUUUUGGCCUUCUUAUAUUUGGAGAAAUUAUAUCCAUAA